AUGGUACAAGCUUCAUCAUCAGGCAAGAAUCUAUGGGUAGCAGCGAGUGAUGGUGAUCUCGAGAGGGUUCAGUACCUGAUCGAGAAUGAAGGGUUCACUCCAAACGAUAAAGAUUCCAACGCCUAUACACCUAUGCACGCAGCAGCUUCCUACGCUCACUUAGAACUCUUAACAUAUCUCCUCUCAAAAGGUGGUAAUAUCAACAUCCCAGAUGAUGAUGGCGAAACGCCCUUGUUCGUCGUUGAGACGCUCGAGGCCGCUAGGUUCUUGGUGGAGAAUGGUGUGGAAGUAGGUUGGAGGAAUGAAGAUGGUUUGACGGCCGUAGACCAAUUACAAGAAGAUCAUCCUGAAAUAUCUUCCUACCUCCUCACCCAACUCCCAGCAGACCAACAAGCCACCUCAACCGUAGGCGAGGACCAAGAGAUAAUAGGAGAAUCAGGUAUAUCCCAAUUAGCUUUAGAAAACUUCACGUCCGAGCAAUCUGAACAACUCAUGCAAGAGGCUCAGAGGAUCAUGGAGCACUGUGCGGAAACGGGUGAAGAUCCAGAUGAGAAAUUGAGGGAGCUGGUAGAAGGGAUGGUGAAGAGUGGGUUGGAUUUCGCUAAGAAUGCGAAGAGUCAGGUAGAAGGUGGGGAUGUAGAUGGUGAUGGAGAGGGAAGUAAGAGAGUGAGAGAGGAGUAA